GCCAUGCUUGACUACACUUCACCCGCCAUUAUCACUUUCUAUCCUCUAAACCUCUAACCAAAGAAGAACGAAGAAGAAGAAACUCUAAUCCCUCCUCUUCUUCUUCUUCUAAUCCCUAACCCUAAAACACAGAACAAUUACCAAAUGGAAUAGUAUUUACUGUAGAGAUAUUAUGCCGAGGAAAGCUAAUCCCGGCAUUCUUCUUGGUUUGAUGCGAACAACUUCUUCUACUGGCUCCUUCCUCUCCCGCCUCUCCCGGAGUUACCACCACCACCACCACUACCACUACCACUACCACUCUUCUUCUCGCAUUCUUACUCACCGCCCAAUCUUACUCUUCCAUUUCUCCGACCACCACAGUCCAUGGCGAGAUCGCGACGCCCCGGCCUCGUUUUCUUCCUCGGCUACUGCCUCGCACCUGUUUGCUUCUGCUGAUUGUUCCAGACGCUUCGUUUUGCUUGGACUGCUUUCUUCUAAUGGUUGCUCUCUCUCCCACGGCCAGCGUCAUCACCUCCCUUUCCGUCGCAAUUUUUUUACCAGAGCUAAACAGGUUAAGAGGAUUGAGUUUAAUGAUCAACACAGUCAAAGGGCAGUCACGACUGCCUUGUGGUGCAACUUUCUUGUGUUUUCACUCAAGUUUGGGGUCUGGUUAGCAACCUCAAGCCAUGUUAUGUUGGCUGAAGUUAUUCACUCAGUUGCAGAUUUUGCAAAUCAGGCACUCCUUGCUUAUGGUCUGAGUAGCUCAAGGCGUGCACCAGAUGCUAUCCAUCCUUAUGGCUAUUCCAAGGAAAGAUUUGUUUGGUCUUUGAUAUCGGCUGUUGGCAUAUUUUGUCUUGGUUCUGGGGCUACUAUUGUUCACGGAGUUCAAAACUUGUGGACUUCACAGCCCCCUGGAAACAUUAAGUAUGCAGCCCUAGUGAUUGCUGGUUCUUUUAUUAUUGAAGGUGCUUCUCUUAUUGUUGCCAUACAAGCUGUCAAGAAAGGUGCAGCUGCUGAGGGAAUGAAAGUAAGAGACUACGUUUGGCGUGGCCAUGAUCCCACAUCUGUUGCAGUAAUGACAGAGGAUGGAGCUGCUGUUGCUGGUCUUGUUAUUGCCGGAGCAUCACUGGUUGCAGUAAACAUCACAGGGAAUGGAAUUUAUGAUUCCAUAGGCUCAAUUAUUGUUGGCAACUUACUUGGAAUGGUUGCUAUAUUUCUCAUCCAAAGGAAUCGGCAUGCUUUAAUAGGUAGAGCAAUGGAUGAUCAUGAUACGGAGAAGGUCCUCCAUUUUUUAAAAAAUGAUCCGGUUGUAGAUUCUAUAUAUGACUGCAAGAGUGAGGUUAUUGGACCUGGGUUCUUCAGAUUUAAGGCUGAAAUAGAUUUCAAUGGGGUGGUGCUUGUGCAAAAUUAUCUAAAAAGGACUGGUCGUGAAGAAUGGGGAAGACAGUUCCGUGAAGCAGCAAUGGAGAAGGAUGAUGCUGAACUCAUCAAGAUCAUGUCAAAUUAUGGUGAGGAAGUGGUUACAGCCUUAGGAAGUGAAGUUGAUAGGUUGGAAAAGGAGAUCCAAUAUCUCGUUCCGGGCAUACGACAUGUUGAUAUCGAGGCUCACAAUCCAACUGAUCUAACACCAUGAUAGCCAUUUUUGCUCGGAACGAUGGAGAUGAGGAGGGAUGGAUAGGGUAGGAAGGAGUGGAAAGGAAAGGAAAGGAAAGAGGUACUCUUUUAUGUUGUUUAGUAAGUUAGGAACGAUGAAAGAUAAUAUUCUAUCUUUCAUUUGGUAUUAGAAGGAAAAUGAAAAGGACGGAGAGUGAUUUGUUUAUAAAAUUAUUAUUUUAUUUUUAAUAUAUUUUUUUUUCAACCUCAAGCAAAACAAUAUAAAUAAAUAUACGAGAGAGAACGAGGGUUUGUAGAAAGAAUAUGGUGGGCCCGGAUGGAUAGGUGACUGCUUCAACUUUCCUCGCCUCCCAUAUUUUUGUUCUUCGAAACAAAGGAAAUGUGGCGUCUCUCCUCCUCUUUCCUUCCAUCCCUCCUCAAAUCCACUCUACCAAACACAGCCUAAGUCUAGAGUCCACUAAUAAUAUAUAAUGACAUACAUCUGGCUCCACAUUGUAUAAUUCAAAACACAGUUCAAUAUCAAUAAGAACACAGCUGUUGCAGCCUUUCCGUCUUUAAAAUUUCGUGUCAAUUUCCAAUGACCCAAGUUUUGGUAAAAGAAUAUUAAAUAAACCAUAUAUAUAUAUCUUCUUCUGCAAUGAAAUUCCAACUGAUUUGCCCCAAAAUGUAAUGAAAACUCCAACUUGUCUUCCAUGUGUAGUAGUAUAUAAGGAGAGGAGAGGACUUGUGUUGGGGAGCAAGUGAAAACCAAAGAGAGAAAAUGGGAGCUUUGCAAGUGUUUAAUUUGCAAGAAAAUGUCAUGGGAAAAAAGGGAGCUAGAGUACCCUGUCCUUGUUGUGGAGGACCUGUCCUGGAAUGGAUUUUAGAUACCCAUUUGUUGGUGUUUUGUAUUCCAAUUCACCACAAACUUAGAACCAAACUUUAUUGCACCAUUUGCUCCACACGCCUUGUUCUUCCUUCUUCCAAAUUAUAAUACUAAAUUUCUUGUAAUUUCUUUUCUUCUAUGUUUGUUUGUGUUCCUCAAGUUCAUGAAUUUCACCACUGUCAAAAACACACAAUUAUUAUUAUUAUUAUUAUUUAGUGUGGUUUUUUCAAUAGCUACUUUAGAGGCUGUAGCAUUAUAUUUGAUGUAAUAAUGUAGACGUUUGUUUGGUUUUAAUUUUGUUUUGGAAUUAAACCCCCAAAACAACAAAUAUUAAAGAGAUGAACUUUUAUUUUUCUUUUUUCUA